UUAUCUGCUUCCUGAAUGUGGCUCACUUUCCACCAAAAUGGCACACUGAUCGGUCGAGGGUAGUGAGAGAACAAGCGCCCGUACAGAAAUCACCCGCAGGACAGCAAACCAGUGAAACCCGCCCGAAAAUCGUUUUUCCACCAGUGUACAGGCCCGUGUUUUACACGGGGGGGAGAAUUUAAGGCUAGCAGCGGACCGAAGGAUUUGCAGAACCAUUUGCUAGCGCCAACUGGGAAUGGUUUAAUGAUGAACAGAAAUUGAUGUAAUUGAUCCAGCAGUUUACAAAAUCACUGAAAAGUCUUCCAUACACCGGCCCACCGGCCUGUGUAAACCCAAACAGUGUUUGUGUGUGUGUGUGUGUGAAUAUAGUGCGUUCCGACCGGAGCAAAGGAUCAAAGCUGUUCAUUGUUAAACCAAGACCGGUCCCGUUUUUGCGAACGAUAGCAAGCCAUGGCGUUCCUGAAUAAUCUGCGCUCGGUGCCGUUGCCUCCGGUGAAAAACAUGCUCAACGUGGCCCUCCAGACAGCGCGUCAAACGAUUCCGGCCAAGCAGAAACAGAACGGUUACGAAGAACCGGCCGGAGACAGCUACGGUGGAGGUCCACCCGGAGGUCCGAGCGGUAUGCGAUCGCCACCGCAAGUCCCCCCAAGACCACAGAACGUGCAUUUCGCCGACACGGACGCCGCGGGAGACACUGGUGGAACAACGGAGAUGAACCCGUUGAAUCCGUUCACGAAUCCGAAGGCCUACUACCAGGAGGACGGAACGGACCAGCCCGGUACGAACCAGUACCAGGAGACGGGUUUCAAUCAGGGUGAUUUCGAAAAUGGCUACCAAGCGGGCGGCUACCCUCCAAGACAGGGCAGUGUGCAGUCGUUUGGUUCGGACAGUACUUUUGCCGGUGGUUGCGAAGGAGAAGCACCCGGCGGGGCGAAGAUCAACGAGUACCAGGCGGCCUGGAACGUGACCAACGCGAUCCAGGGUAUGUUCAUCGUGUCACUCCCGUUUGCGGUGCUUCGCGGUGGUUACUGGGCGAUCAUAGCGAUGGUUGGCAUAGCGCACAUUUGCUGCUACACCGGUAAGAUUCUCGUCCAGUGUCUGUACGAGCCGGAUCCGCAAACUGGCGAACCGGUACGGGUGCGGGACAGCUACGUGUCGAUCGCGAAGGUGUGCUUCGGCAAAAAGAUUGGAGCCCGCGUUGUCAGCAUAGCGCAGAUCAUCGAGCUGCUCAUGACCUGCAUCCUGUACGUGGUGGUGUGCGGCGAUCUGAUGGCGGGAUCGUUCCCGGACGGCGCCCUGGACACCCGGUCCUGGAUGAUGCUGUGCGGUAUCUUUCUGCUACCGCUCGCCUUCCUCAAGUCGCUGCACCACGUGUCGCUGCUGUCGUUCUGGUGCACGAUGGCGCAUCUGCUGAUCAACGCGAUCAUCGUCGGGUACUGCCUGCUGGAGAUCGGCGACUGGGGCUGGAGUAAGGUCAAGUGGCGAAUGGACUUUGAGAACUUUCCAAUCUCACUUGGUGUUAUUGUCUUCUCCUACACGUCGCAAAUCUUCCUGCCCACGCUCGAGGGCAACAUGGAGGAUCGGUCCAAGUUUAACUGGAUGCUCGACUGGUCGCACAUAGCGGCUGCCGCCUUCAAGGCCCUGUUCGGGUACAUCUGCUUCCUGACGUUCCAGAACGAUACGCAGCAGGUCAUCACGAACAAUCUGCACUCGCCCGGGUUCAAGGGUCUGGUGAACUUUUGUCUGGUGAUUAAGGCCAUCCUCAGCUACCCGCUGCCAUUCUUUGCCGCCUGCGAGCUGCUCGAGCGGGCGUUCUUCCGCGGCAAACCGAAAACCAUCUUCCCGGUGGUAUGGGAGCUGGACGGGGAGCUCAAGGUUUGGGGACUGGCCUGGCGUUUGACCGUCAUCCUCGGUACGAUCAUGAUGGCCAUUUUCAUUCCACACUUUUCGAUCCUGAUGGGCUUUAUCGGGAGCUUCACCGGUACGAUGCUAAGCUUUAUCUGGCCCUGCUACUUCCAUCUGAAGCUGAAGGGCCAUCUGCUGGAUCAGAAGCAGCGGGCCUACAACUACUUUAUCAUCUUUCUCGGUGUGCUGUUCUGUGUGGUUGGCAUCUACGAUUCGGGCACGGCUUUGAUUCAUGCCUUCGAGAUCGGGUUACCGUUCUAAGGCCCCGGAAGUUGUGUUGUACAGAGUGCAUAUCCAUUACCAAGUUCGUCUUGGUACUCAUCGGCCAUUACUCUCUCAUUACCGUUGUUGAUCCUGUUUCACUUCCUUUUAAAUCAUUCACCAUCGUUGGGCGUUGGGUUGGGUAGGCGCAAAAGUUACACUCCAAGAAUGGGCUUGCGACGAAGGGCGUUGGGCGGAUGUGACAAUAGAUGUUAAGAGUUUCGGACAGCAGCAAAAUUGGCAAACCUACCCUUCGGCUUUGGACAGCCGGGUCAGUGGUGAACUUGUACCGAUUCCUCCAAAGUCAACGUCGAGCAUCAUCACACAUAAUUUCGACAUAUCGGAGAAUGUUGCGGCGGAUAAGAAACUGAAUCGUUAAUCUGAUGUCUUCCUUAAUGUAAAACGAGAGGCGAUAGAAUGUGUUGAGUCGAUGGUGGUGGUGGUGGUGGUGGCAACUAAUAAGCAAAUAGUACAUUGUUAGUGGUAUUGACAACUUAGAAAGCAAAUAUACACUCUAUCAAGGAUCCACCGGGGCGGGCGAGAGGGUUUGAACGGGACGUUGAACGGUAUGCAAAAGGAAAAAUGGAAAUUCCAUCAUAAAAAGCAGUAUAGUCAGUCAGUCUUCCAGACAAUAUACACCUAUAUACAAAUAUACAAGCAAAGAAGUCACAAAAAUUGAACACAAAUAUUAUAUAGCUGAAACCGAACAAAAACCAAAACACAACACAAUAUUUAAGCUAGUGAGCUAAGCUAUUUAACGUAUCUGCUAGGAUAAUAAUGAGUACACAACAGCUAAGUUACACUAGAGUUUAAAAAAAGGGAAACGAUAAUGGAAAAUAUUGCCGGUAAAGGAUCUGUUAAGUUCGCGAUAUUUAGCUUCGGGGAGUGCGGCACGAGUUGAAGUUAAACGGGAGCACGUGGACGAACAGCCGUACAUCCGGUAGUGAAUACUUCAAUCGAAUCAAUUAUAUAGUGCUAACGACAAUAAGCCAGAUGCACUGGCCACUGAUGCAAUCGGGGAAGCGUUUGGGGACAGAAGGCAGUAUUUACUUCUCUUCCAGCGUUUUGCCGAGCCACGCUUGCAUUCUAUUCAAAAUUCAAAAUUGAGUGUUCCGCACGAUUACAAGCGAAGGUUAAAUAAUGAACGAUAACUUCCAAACCAGGAUUUGGAUCGUUUUGUUGAAACAGAAAAAAAAAAUUAUCAAACUAAUUAUACAAACCAGUACGCCACAGUUAGUGCGAGCAAGCGCGGCUAGUAGGAACGAUAUACUCCCUAUACAACACGUGAAAGCUAUACCAACGUCUUCCAAACAGAAUAUUAGCAAUGUGAAGUAAUUUUAAUGUACACUUAUAUAUUACAAUCUAUUUACCAUUCCCGAGUGUCUCACGACAAUGUCUUCCAAUGGGCGAGAUCGGACAAAUUAAGGUGAAUUACUUUUGAGAGUAUUUGUUUUAAGUCUUUGUAGAGGAAAGGCCGUUUUCGUUUUUUUUUUUUGCUACUGCCGGAUCUCGUAAAAGGUGUGUCAUCAUUACAACUAGUACAAUAAUCGUUACAGCGGAGCGGUCCGGUGGCAGUGAUUUUAUUCCACUAGCAGUUAACGGCAUUGCAACGGCAUAUGGCCGAUGCAUUUAGGAGAACGAGGGCGUGUGUUUAGUUCGUUAUGGCUUUGUUUCGUGUAUUGAAUGUUCCACUAUACAAUAAUCUCUAUUGUACUUAUUGCAAUUAAUGUAUUGAAGAGCAACAUUAUAGGUGUCCGAAUAAAUAACAGUUAUUUAACUUUAAAUUCAA